CUUUCUUCUUCACAUUUACUCUCAUUUGCUCUCUCAACAACAAACUUCCAGAACAAUGAACCGAAGGUUGAAUCAUGAACCGGACACGGUCCUUGAGUUAAACGAAUCGACUCCUGGGAUGUGGUGGUUUCCUACAAAUCCUGAGCAUCGUUGCAUCUACCGAGUCCCUGACCGUCUACGUCGUGUAAAUCCAGAAGCUUACACGCCUCAAUUACUCCUCAUUGGACCUCUUCACCAUUCUUUAAAAUUUCAAGCUCUCAACUCUCGUGGAGAUAUCACAAACACAAAGUUAAUGGGCUACUUAAACAUGGAGGAGCAUAAGAAGAUUUACCUUGCGAGAUUCUCAGAAAGGCUUGCAGGUCAAAAAACGAUUGAUGAACUCAGAAGAAGAAUCAAAGAAGAAGAAGAUAUAAUAAGGGCAAGCUACUCUGAGUCAACUGCCUGGAUUGAAUCUCCAAAGUUCGUGGACAUGAUCCUACACGACUCUGUUUUCAUAAUAGAGUUCCUUUUAAGGAGUAAAGAUUACACCUUACUUGAGGACCAAGGAUCAUGCAUCAAGAAAACAUGGGAUCCUAUAUUUGAGCAGCCUUGUCUUCAAACUACUGUGGAUGAAGACCUCAUUUUGCUCGAGAAUCAACUUCCUUACUUCAUCCUCGAGAAACUCUUCGAUCCAAUCGUUCCAAUACUCCGCCCAAACCAAACACUCCGCCAGAUAGUCAUCACUUACUUCAGAUUCCAAGGUAAUAUCGGAGUUGACUCCAGAUUUAGACAUUUCACUGAUCUAUUCCGAUGUGUCCGCGUGGAGACACUUAGGCCAAAGAUGCCAAAGAAUAAAUUCAGAUAUUUAGUUGGUCUGUUCCGAUUUGUCCAUUUGGGAACACACGGGUCAAGAGAAUUAGAAAAGAGUCGUCCUCAAGAACAUAAAGCUCUUCGCAUGGAGAAGACACAUGGGUCAGGAGAACCAACAAAGAGCACAUUCAGAUAUAUAGCUGAUCUUUUCCGGUGUGUUCCGAUGGAGACACUAGGUUCGAAAAGAGAAGAAAAGAGUCGUCUUGAACGACUCAAAACUCAUCGCAUGGAGGAGACGUCACAUGGUCAUGGCUCAAAAAAAACAAAAGAGCUACCGAUCAUCAAACACAUGUAUAACGCGGCAAAGCUACAAAGUGCAGGAGUGAAGUUCAAGGCCGUGACAGAUGAGUUCUCGAUAGAUGUGACAUUUGAGAAUGGUUGUUUGAAGAUACCUUGUUUGUGGGUUCCUGAUGAUGCAGAGAUCACACUGAGAAAUAUAAUGGCGCUUGAGCAAUGCCAUUACCCUUUCAAAGCAUACGUCUGUAACUUCGUCAGUUUCUUGGAUUUCCUCAUCGACACUGAUAAAGACGUGGACUUACUCAUGGAGAACGGGAUACUAAACAACUGGGGGGAGAAGAGUUCUGUGGCGGUGGCGGAGAUGGUGAACACGCUAUUUUCGGGGGUGGUGGAGAGUCGUUCUUACUAUGCUGGUAUAGCGUCUAGAGUCAACGCCUAUUAUGAAAAUCCAGUCAACAGGUCACGCACCAUCCUCGGACGCCAGUAUUUCGGUAAUCUAUGGAGAGGUACCGCUACUGUCGCCGCUGCGCUUCUUUUGGUGAUGACUCUUAUCCAGACGGUGGCUUCUAUUCUUCAGGUUAUGCAAAAGUGAAUGUUCUUCCCGUACCUGGGUGACGAUGCUUCACUCUCUCCGGUUCGUCUCUUGAGUUUAAUAAAUUAGACGUAUCUACGAUCUAUCAUUUCACUCUCUCUUCAUAAAUUUGUGUUUAAUAAAUUAGUCAUGUCUUCCUCCCAACCCCACAAAAUGGAUCUUGUUUUUCUAGCUUCUAUAUCUCAUAAUAAUAAACAAAGACUUAAUGGUCGUGAAUGAUACUUUAUUAUGAAGUCU